AUGGAGAAGGAGGUGCUGCCCGACGGCGGCACGCGGUGCGCCUGCUGCGGGGCGGCCAUGUGGGGCUGCUGGGUGCCCGUCCUCCUGCCCGUCCUCUGCGUGGCCGUGGCGGCCCCGCCGGUCGAAGCGGCGGGCGUCGAGACCGAGGAGGAGGGCGCCCCCGAGGGCGCCCGGGGCCUGGACACGGAUGGCCCGCCGUCUGGCGGACGGCGGCAGCAGACCGCCCUGGGGCCGGCCAGGUCCGUGCCCGGCGGCCACGGCGGCGUGCCCUGGGAGCCGAUCCAGCCCCGGCGCGACUGGACCGGCCUUACGGCGGUGCUGCAGGGCCGCAGUGGGAGGCGCAUGCUCUGGCCUCGAGGGCAGUGCGGAGAGGCAAAGAGUGGCGACCUCGAGAUCUGGAUCUUCAACGGCUCAGGUGCCCAUGACCUCGGAUGCGCGCUCGCCUAUUACAGGCCACGUGGGAAGUCGCUGUCGAACGAGCGCUGGCGGCUGGCCCCAGUGGCGGCGGUGGCCACCGCGGACGACUUCCAGGAGGUCGGCGCCUCGGCGGGCGUCGCCAUCGCAGCGCCCGGGCACGUCGGCUUGGCGCGCGUGGCGGGCACCGCCUCCUGGGACACGCGGGGCUGCAGCGCGCGCGGGGGGGCGCCCGCAGAGAUCCAGCGUUGCCCUGGCGCCCGGGCCUCGGGCGCCCCUGGCGGCGGCCCGACGUCGGAGGGAGCGGGGCGAGCGGCCGCGCCGUCGAUGUGCUUCGUGGUCGACGCGUCGCUGGAGAAGCGGCCGGCCAGCGCGCGGGUCGACCGGGCCUGCCCCGCGGCGCCUCGCAAGCCCGCGGGCCCGCGGGUCGUGCGGCCCGCCCGGGCGGGGCGGCAGAGCUCCCCCGCGUUCCGGCGCCAGCUCGUGGCGGAGCCGCCGAGGGCCAACGGCGCGGCGGCGCAGCGUCUCCUGGGGCGCCAAGCCGCGGGCGGCCUGCUGGGCACUGGCUGGCACCGCCGGCAGGGGCGCUCGACGGCGGCCACCGCGGGCCGCUCAGCCCCGGCGCCCUGUGGCCAGAUGGCGCCCGCGGAGGAAUCGCUGGCGGCCGCGGACCUUCUGCGGGCCUGGGCUGCGGAGGCCCGACAGCAGGCGGACGGCGCCGAGAUGGCGACGCGGGCAAAGCGCGCCGCUUCCUGGAAGGACGAGCCAGCCCAGGCGGCCGAUCGCGCGGAGGGCCAACUAGACCGCCCCAGCAAGCCCGCGCCGCCGCGGCAGCCUCGGCGGGCCGAGUUGCCAGAGGUGUCGACGGCCUCGGAGAGGGCGGCGGCCCAGGCGCAGGGCGGGGGUCUGGCGGGUCCCGGCCAGUGCAGGAAGGCAUCGCAGGCGGGCCGCGUCGUGGCGCUGCUCAUCCCGGAGGCGGCCGCCAAGGACAGGGCGAUCGGCUCGCCGCCCGCACUGGUGCGCACCUGGAGGUUGCUGAACGCCCCCUACCUGCAGCGGCCGUCGACCCUGGAACGGAUGGCCCAGAUGUCGAGGCCGCAGCCAUUGCGCUCAUGGGUUUUGGUCAAGGUCUUCGAGCGGGUCCUCUUGGUAAAGCUGUGGCAAGCUGGUCUGCGUUGGGGCCUCCCGCCCUCCAUCCAGGUGGUGGUGAUGUCCGUGGUGAUCGACGGUUGCUACGCGGCAGAAGCCGCGACCCAGGCGGCCAUCGUGGCGGGCAGCAAGUGCUCGGCGGCCUUGCUGAGCAUGCUGAUGGUGAAGGGCAUUGACCAACUGGCGCCCCGCCGCGCGUCGAAUGGCAAGUGCUACCAGCUGGCCAGCGUGCCUUGGCUGUGGAAAGCGCUCGAGCUUGCCGGGAAACGCAAUGGCGCCAGAGUGCAGGCGACGGGCGUGCACCUUGGGGUCAACGUGCCCACGUCGAGGCAGGCGGCCCAGCGCAGGCGGCAGCAGCGGGCGGAGGCGCUGCGCGACCAGACCGAGCGCUCGGCGGGACUCCGACGUCAGGGCAAGAGCAUUGCCAAGGGAGUGAGGGAGCAGGAGGAGAAGCAUGAACAGGAUGAGGACGGGAAGUCGGAGGACAAGGACGAGAUAGGCCACUUAAAGGUUCAGGGCGAGGACGCGGACGAUCGUGAGAUCGUGAGUGCGGACGGCACUCCGCGUAAAUUCUCCAGUGGCUUCUUCUACGAGGUGAGCUGCCAGAGCGUGGAGGAAAUGCUGGCCCGGGACGGGGCUCGAGUCUACCCCGACAACCCGCCCAAGCAGAAGCUCCCCUUGCCGCAGCAACCCGUCCCCAACCCGCUCCUGGACCAAGGAGGCGGCAGCGUCAUGCGCACUCCAGACUCGGUUGAGGACCACCAGGCGUUCGCGAUGGCCGGCGGCUGCCCGGCCUGGGGCAAGGGCGGCAAGGGCAAGGACAAGGGCAAGGACAAGGGCAAGGGCAAGGGCAAGGCGAAGGGCAAGGACAAGGGCAAGGACAAGGGCAAGGGGAAGGGCAAGGGCAAGCCCAAGGGGAAGAGCAAGCCGAAGGGCUGCGGCGGCUGGGGAGGCGGCGACGACUGGUCCGCGAAGGCCCCGAUGCCUGUCGGGAAGGCCCCGGUGCCUGUCGGCAUGGUCUCGGUCCCGGAGCGCAUCCUGAACGAGCGCAUCCAGGAGAUGGAGAUGCAAGAGUCCUGGGACGCCCUCAUGGGGGAGGCGGAGGGCGGCGACGAGGAGGCGGUGGAGGAUCAGGAGGAGCCCUACGCCUGGGAUGACGAGGCUUGGGAGGACGAGGCCGUGGAGGGCCAGACCCCCAAGGCGCCCGGCAUGCUGGGCGUGCCCAGCGGGCCCCCGGAGCCGCAGUCCACCGCGGACACGGAGGACGGCGUACCCCCGCCGACGUUGUCCAAGGCCGCGAUUGCCGCGAAGAAGGAGGGUGGCGUGACGCUGUCCAAGGCCAAGGCCUUUGCGCAGCAGGCGGAGGCCGCUGUCGUGGCGGAGGGCCCGCCGAUGCCGAAGCCGUCGGUGUCCACGGAGGCGCUCGCCAGCCUGCUGAAAAACGACCCCAGCCUGGCCGAAGCCCUGAAGCCCAACGAUCCCGCCGUGGCCGCAGUGGCCGAAGGGGCGAAGGAGGAGGAGGCGGCGGCCCCGGCCACGGAGGCCCCAGCUGGAGCCGCGCCGGUGCAGCCUGGCCUCAAGGGGCCGAAGCCGGUGGGGCCGUCGAAGCCGAGCAACCCGAAGUCGUUCUCCAAGGCCGCCGCUGCCUCCAAAGUGAGCGGGAACAGCAAGUUCGUCGUCCCGGGUGUUGCCGAGCUCGUGAGCAAGUGGAGCAUCGAGGAUGCAGUCGCGCAGCUGCUGGACGCGCAGCUGAAGCAGCGGCGGGCCACGUACGAAGGGGACCUCGAGACCCUCGAGGAGAUGAUGAACGAAACGAAGCUGCCGAGCGCGACGCUCAUGCUGAAGAUCAAGGAAAUGCAGCAGGGGACCUUCGUGGGGAUGCCAGCUAACCACAAAAUGAUCGAGGCGCUCGCGGCGAAGUUCAAGCUGGACGAACAGGCCGUGGAGAAGCUCACGGAGUGCUUGGUGAAGCUCGGCAAGGAGCCUGCGAAGAAGUGCCUGGAGGCGCUCGACAAGCACCUGGAGAUGUCGAACAAGCCGUCGGCGUUCGUCAUGCUGCAGCUCGCCAAGUUCAGGCAGGGCGAGAUACUGGGCGAGGUGAAGCACAAGGCCGCGCCAGGCAGCUACCUCUACCAGCAGCAACUGGCCAAGGAGACGGAGAAGCGGCUCAUGGGGGAGAAAGCGAAGGACGACCGGGCUAGGGGCGGGCGCGGAGACGAUCGCCGGGGAGGAGACCGCCGGGGCGACGACCGUCGAGACGACCGGCGGGACGACCGGCGAGACCGGAAGGACGACCGGAAGGAUGACCGCAAGGACGACCGGAAGGACGCUCGGAAGGACGACCGGCGGGACGACCGGAAGGAUGACAAGCGGGACAGGCCGAAGAGCGAGGGCCGCGACCGAGGCCGCGCGAGGCGAUCGCAGAGACGACGGCCGUGGUGACCGGCGCGACCACGACCGAAAGGACCACGACCGUGACCGCCGCGACCACGACCGAGAUCACCGGAAGGACCACGACCGCCGCGAUGACCGGGAUCGUGGUGACCGCGAUCGGGAGCGAGACCGCGACCACGGAAAGGACCGAGACCGUGGCCGCCGCGAGGAUGACCGGGGCCGGGAUCGCAGCCGCAGCCGCGACCGCGACCGCGGGCGCCGCGACCGGCGGUGACACCUCGGGGGGACAGGAUCUCCAUCGAGCACCUCGUGGGCAGCUGGUCUCUCGACCUCCUCCUCCUGCUCCCUCUCCCCCUCUCCCCCUCCCUCCCCGUCCCUGCUCCCCGCCUCCUCUUCUCCUCGCUCCUUCCCCCGCCCUCCGUCCCCUCCCCUGCCCCCCCUCCUACUCCCCCC